ACGGUAACGGUAUUGAAUUAAAGAGACUUUAAACUCUGAGAGUUCAUUCGUCUCUCAACCACUCAACACAAAAUAACACCUCAUAUCAGGAAGCUGCUCGUAGUUUUUUGUGGUUGCUCUUGAAAUUUUAAGCAUUUAGCGUUUCUAUGUUGUAAUUGAACAGUUUUGAGUUUUGAAUUCAUUCGAAUACAAAAAGUUUCGCUAGAGAAAUGAGAUGGCUAUUGUUACCAACAAUUUGCUCAUACAGCGUUAGGUUGACGGGGCCGGGGGUACAAUAUUUUGACAAUAUUUCUUAUAAUCUAUGUUAGUGUUAUGUAACCGAUUACCUGCGGUUGACUCGAGGUUAGUGUUACAAUUUGUUGUCAUAAUCGGGAUGUUGUAGUCUCCAAUGUUUUGUACAUGUGCCCGACACGGGAUACUUCCUAUUGGGAUGCAGCUUACCAUUAAUCAGCAGCGCCCCUAGUCUGUACCCCAUAUCUAGCGUGGUGCGUCUCCUCGACUCGAGGAAUCCGUUUAGACCAGUGCAGCUUUUGCUCUGAUAUAUGCAAUCGGGAAUUUCAUUACGCGUUGGUACCCUCUCGCCAUGAAGAGAAGAAGCUAAACUUUAUCCUGCAGAAGUUGAAUAAUUUCACUUCCCAGUUGAGCAGCUAUCCUACAUGCGACAAAUGUCGCCAAGAGUUUAUGACCGUUCACAACAUUCCCGAGAGCUGCUUCCAAAAUUUGCCAAGCACCGAACCAUAUGUCAUCAAGAUGGAUCCGGAAUUAUUGAUUGAUGACCACGAACAGCCGGAUAAUGAGAACAGUCGGAUAGCUGAAACAGACUCAACAGCCGGCUUUAGGCCAGUGGAACGGGAAGCCAAUAUGCAAAUCAAGGGAGAAAACGGGGAAGUAUUCUUCAUCAACGAAAUGGACGCAGACGAAGGCCUAAUGGAAGACCAUAAACGGUUACACACAAAAAAGGAACCGUUAAAAUGUGAAAUGUGUGAGAAAACAUUUGUCUCAAAAUACAGAUUAGAAAAACAUGUUCGAACACAUACGGGUGAACGUCCUUAUUCUUGUCCAUAUUGUCCAAAAGCUUCCAAAGAUCGUUCAGCGCUCAUACUUCACAUUCGAACUCAUACAGGUGAACGUCCCUACCCUUGUCCACAUUGUCCGAAAGCGUUUAUAAAUUCUUCAGCGCUCCAUGAGCAUAUUCGAAUUCAUACGGAUGAACGGCCGUAUUCUUGUCCACAUUGUCCGAAAGCUUUCAAACAUCAACCAUCGCUCAAAAUGCACAUUCGAACUCAUACAGGUGAACGUCCCUAUUCUUGUUCAGAUUGUCCGUGGACAUUUACCAAUCCUUCAGCGCUCCAAGACCAUAUGCGAACUCAUAAGGAUGAACGCCCCUAUUCUUGCCCACAUUGCCCAAAAGCGUUUAAGAGCCUUAGAUCACUUCAGCCGCACAUUCGAACUCAUACGGAUGAACUUCCCUUUUCUUGUCCACAUUGUCCAAAGUCGUGUAGGACACAAUCAGCUCUCAAACGACACAUUCGAAUUCAUACGGGUGAACGUCCCUAUUCCUGUCCAAAGUGUCCGAAAGCUUUUAAGAAUUCUUCUGCGGUCAAACAGCACAUUCGAAUUCAUAGCAGCUCGUGCAUUCGAGCAGUAAGUACGACCUGUUCGAUAAAGAUACAGAGCGCAGAACCACAAGUGACCGUUAAGGAAGAAAUGACUGGAUGUAAAGUUAUCUCUCCGUCACUGAAAGCUGCCCACAAAUAAUCAUUGAGCUAACAUAUAAGACAGAGAUUUACAAAGUUAAAUUUUGGACGUAGGCGACCUAAUCCAAAAUCGUGUCACGCUUUUAUGAUAUGGUUUUAACGUUAGUAAUUAUUUUCGCUACGAACGAAUUCACUAUAUUCACUAGUCCGAUAAGUACUUAGCCUACAAAAAAAAAAACAACAAAUUUGGAAAA